UCUGAGAAGAGAGUGGAGCCCAGCGACGGAAGAGCAACAGCAACCGGCGACACGGGAUCGAGGCUUUGGGCGCCAAUCGCGCCAACGCUGUAAGGAAGAUCUCCUCUCCAGCGACUCCGGCUAAGCCAGCUUCGAGGGACGCCUGCCUAUCGCUGGUGGGCCAUGGCUGAGAGGACGGGCUGCGAGGCACCCAAAGCGUGCUUGGCCAAGAUAGUGAUGGUGGGUGACUCCUUCGUGGGGAAAACCUCGAUCCUGAGGCGAUACACCGACUUUUGCACCUGCACGCCGCCGUCUUCCUAUAUCACCACCGUCGGCAUUGAUUUUAAAGUAAAAACAAUUUCAUGUGAUAAUACAACUAUGAAACUUCAAAUAUGGGAUACAGCUGGCCAGGAAAGAUUUCAUACAUUAACUACUAAUUUUUUCCGAGGAGCACAUGGAUUUGUUCUUGUUUAUGAUAUCACAGAUGGAAAAAGCUUUCAAGGAAUUUCACACUGGAUGAAAGAUAUAUAUGAGAAAGUAGGUGAAAAUACAGACAUAAUACUGCUGGGUAACAAGUGUGAUAAGGAGGCAGAACGUAUAAUUUCAAAAAACAAAGGAGAAAAGCUUGCUUGGGAAUAUGGAAUACCUUCUUUGAGACCAGUGCAAAGGUAAUAUAAAUAUUGAAAAUGCAUUUUAGUUCUAGCUGAAGAAAUAUUGAACAAGAAUUCCUGUGUAUUACUCAACUUGGGAUGUGGUGGAGCUAAAUGAAAAACUACAAACAAGAUCUUGCUGCAAAUUGUGACUGUGCAAAGAAAGAGAAAGUAACUAAUAUUGGUGACUUGUAUAUAUCAAAGCCUCGAAUCCCUAACCUAUUACUCAGUUAUUACUGAUACUAACAAAUGAACAAAUUAUUUAUCCAUUGACACUUUAUGUAAUUGCUGUUCCAAGCCAACAUUAGAUUUACAUUAUAUAUCAUAAUCAUAAAAGUUAUUCAGAAUGGAAGAGUAAAAAAAAAAAAAAACUAUCUUUGAGUUUUGGCCAUCAUAGCUUAUUUAUACAAUAACCUAAAAGGUAAACAUGA